GUCCUCCCGCUUGCUCACUCCUCUCUCCAAGUUCCACGCCGCGGCCUCGCUCACCCGCGAGGGCCGGUCCCGGCCGCCGCACACGCGCGCCUCGGCCCUCCUCGCCGGCGCCCCGGCUAUCUCCGCGAUCCGACGCACGGUCGUUCCCCUCGCGCGCCCGACGCGCGGCAGCGGCGGCGGACCGCGCGGGUAGCACCGUAGCGGCCGCCGCGGGCUGGCUGGCUGGCCGGCCAUGGAGGCGGAUGGGGCUGGCGAGCAGAUGAGACCGCUACUCACCCGGGUAACAAGCACGGGUCCCGAUGAAGAAGCUGUGGUAGAUCUUGGUAAAACCAGCUCAACUGUGAACACCAAGUUUGAAAAAGAAGAACUAGAAAGUCAUCGAGCUGUAUACAUUGGUGUUCACGUACCAUUUAGUAAAGAGAGUCGUCGGCGUCACAGGCAUCGUGGACACAAACAUCACCACCGGAGAAGGAGAGAUAAAGAAUCAGAUAAGGAAGAUGGACGGGAAUCUCCUUCUUAUGACACACCAUCCCAGAGAGUCCAGUUCAUCCUUGGUACUGAAGAUGAUGAUGAAGAGCACAUUCCCCAUGACCUUUUUACAGAGAUGGAUGAGCUGUGUUACAGAGAUGGAGAAGAAUAUGAAUGGAAGGAAACUGCCAGAUGGCUGAAAUUUGAAGAGGAUGUAGAAGAUGGUGGCGACCGAUGGAGUAAACCUUAUGUGGCAACUCUUUCUUUGCACAGUCUGUUUGAAUUAAGGAGUUGCAUCCUAAAUGGAACAGUCAUGCUGGAUAUGAGAGCAAGCACUCUAGAUGAAAUAGCAGAUAUGGUGUUAGACAACAUGAUAGCCUCUGGCCAGUUAGAUGAGUCCAUCAGAGAGAAUGUUAGAGAAGCUCUUCUGAAGAGACAUCACCAUCAGAAUGAGAAAAAAUUCGCCAGUCGGAUCCCCCUUGUUCGAUCUUUUGCAGAUAUAGGCAAGAAACAUUCUGACCCUCACUUGCUUGAAAGGAAUGGGGAAGGCCUUUCAGCCUCCCGUCACUCUUUGCGAACAGGUCUCUCUGCCUCAAACCUUUCAUUGAGAGGAGAAUCGCCUUUAUCUCUUCUUCUCAGUCAUCUUCUUCCUUCUUCAAGAGCUGGGACCCCAGUAGCCACCCCUCAGAACAGUCCUCCUUCCAGUCCUAGCAUCAGUCGUCUGACCUCCAGAAGUUCCCAGCAGAGUCAGCUUCAGGUCCCAGAACUCCUGGUUUCACCUGCCAGUGAUGGUAUUCCCACAGUAGUCAUUCAUCCGCCUGAGGAAGACUUAGACGCGCUGACAGGCCAGGAGCAGAAGAAUGAGGAAAAUGUUGACCUAACUCCAGGCAUUUUGGCCUCUCCACAAUCUGCUCCUGGAAACUUGGAUAAUAGUAAAAGUGGAGAGCUGAAAGGUAAUGGAAGUGGAGGAAGCAGAGAAAACAGUACUGUUGACUUUAGCAAGGUUGACAUGAAUUUCAUGAGGAAAAUUCCUACUGGAGCUGAGGCAUCCAAUGUUCUGGUGGGAGAAGUAGACUUUUUGGAAAGACCUAUAAUUGCAUUUGUGAGACUGGCUCCUGCCGUCCUCCUCUCAGGGUUAACCGAGGUCCCUGUUCCUACAAGGUUUUUGUUUCUGUUAUUGGGUCCAGCUGGCAAGGCACCACAGUACCAUGAAAUUGGGAGAUCCAUAGCAACUCUGAUGACAGAUGAGAUUUUUCAUGAUGUAGCUUAUAAAGCAAAAGACAGAAAUGACCUCUUAUCUGGAAUUGAUGAAUUUUUAGAUCAAGUAACUGUCCUUCCUCCGGGAGAGUGGGAUCCUUCCAUACGCAUUGAGCCACCAAAAAGCGUUCCUUCUCAGGAAAAGAGAAAGAUCCCUGUGUUUCCUAAUGGAUCUGUCCCCACAUCUUGUGAGACUGCAAAGGAGGCUGGUCAUCAUGCUGGACCUGAGCUACAGAGGACUGGACGGCUUUUUGGUGGUUUGAUACUUGACAUCAAAAGGAAAGCACCUUUUUUCUUGAGUGACUUCAAGGAUGCAUUAAGCCUGCAGUGCCUGGCCUCGAUUCUUUUCCUAUACUGUGCCUGUAUGUCUCCUGUAAUCACUUUUGGAGGGCUGCUUGGAGAAGCUACAGAAGGCAGCAUAAGUGCGAUAGAAUCUCUUUUUGGAGCAUCAUUAACUGGGAUUGCCUAUUCAUUGUUUGCUGGGCAACCUCUAACAAUACUGGGGAGCACAGGUCCAGUUCUAGUGUUUGAAAAAAUUUUAUUUAAAUUCUGCAGAGACUAUUCCCUUUCCUAUCUAUCUUUAAGAACCAGUAUUGGUCUGUGGACUUCUUUCUUGUGCAUUGUUUUGGUUGCAACAGAUGCCAGCAGCCUUGUUUGUUAUAUUACUCGAUUUACAGAAGAGGCUUUUGCAGCUCUCAUCUGCAUCAUAUUCAUCUAUGAAGCUUUGGAGAAGCUCUUUCAUUUAGGAAAAGUAUAUGCAUUUAAUAUGCACAGUAACCUAGAUGAGCUGACCAGCUACUCAUGUGUAUGCACUGAACCUCUUAACCCUAGCAAUGAAACUCUAGAGUUAUGGAAGAAAAAAAAUGUAACAGCACAGAGUAUUUCCUGGGGGAAUCUCACUGUUCCUGAAUGUAAAACCCUUCAUGGUGUAUUCAUAGGAUCAACUUGUAGCCUUCAUGGACCAGAUGUGUUCUUUUGGUGUGUCAUCUUAUUUUUCACCACGUUUUUUCUGUCUUCAUUCCUCAAGCAAUUUAAGACCAAGCGUUAUUUUCCUACCAAGGUGCGUUCGACAAUCAGUGACUUUGCUGUAUUUCUUACAAUAGUAGUAAUGGUUGCCAUUGACUACCUUGUAGGAGUUCCAUCUCCUAAGCUUCAUGUUCCUGAAAAAUUUGAGCCUACUGAUCCAAAUAGGGGUUGGAUCAUAAGCCCAUUGGGAGAUAAUGCUUGGUGGACCUUAUUAAUAGCUGCUAUUCCAGCUCUGCUUUGUACCAUUCUUAUCUUUAUGGAUCAGCAAAUUACAGCUGUAAUCAUAAACAGAAAGGAGCACAAGUUGAAGAAAGGAGCUGGCUAUCACCUUGAUUUGCUCAUGGUCGGUGUUAUGUUGGGAGUUUGCUCUGUCAUGGGACUUCCAUGGUUUGUGGCUGCAACGGUGUUGUCAAUAAGUCACGUCAACAGCUUAAAAGUUGAAUCUGAAUGCUCUGCUCCAGGGGAACAACCCAAGUUUUUGGGAAUUCGUGAACAGCGGGUUACAGGACUAAUGAUUUUUAUUCUAAUGGGCCUCUCUGUGUUCAUGACUUCGGUACUAAAGUUUAUUCCAAUGCCGGUUCUGUAUGGUGUUUUCCUUUAUAUGGGAGUUUCCUCAUUAAAAGGAAUCCAGUUUUUUGACCGGAUAAAAUUAUUUGGAAUGCCUGCCAAGCACCAGCCUGAUCUGAUCUACCUCCGCUACGUGCCUCUCUGGAAGGUGCACAUUUUCACCGUCAUCCAGCUUACUUGUCUUGUUCUGUUGUGGGUGAUAAAAGCCUCACCUGCUGCAGUAGUUUUUCCCAUGAUGGUUCUUGCAUUAGUGUUUGUACGUAAGCUCAUGGACCUGUGUUUCACAAAGAGAGAACUUAGUUGGCUUGAUGAUCUCAUGCCAGAAAGUAAGAAAAAGAAAGAAGAUGACAAAAAGAAGAAAGAGAAAGAGGAGGCUGAACGAAUGCUUCAAGAUGACCAUGACACAGUGCAUCUGCCAUUUGAAGGAGGAAGUCUCUUGCAAAUUCCAGUGAAGGCCCUAAAAUAUAGUAUUGAUCCCUCAAUUGUUAACAUAUCAGAUGAAAUGGCCAAAACUGCACAGUGGAAGGCACUUUCCAUGAAUACUGAGAAUGCCAAAGUAACCAGAUCUAACACGAGCCCCGAAAAGCCUGUGAGUGUGACAAUAAAUUUCGAAGGUGAACCAUCAAAGAAGUACAUGGAUGCUGAAACUUCAUUGUAGAAUUGAACCAAGAGGAAUUAUAUAGAUAUAUAACUACAUCCAUAUCUAUAAUGUGUGUGUGUCAGUGUCACUAUGUAUAGCAAUAUUGUAUGUCAUGCUAUUUAUACAUGACUACUGGGUUUUUGAAGUAGUAUCUAAAGUUUGUUAUGAGCACCUUGGAGACUGUAUGGUCUCUUAGAAAUGUAGGUACAUGGCUCUUAUUAUUCAAAUAUUUAUUCUGUUGAAAACAGUUUUUCUACUUUGCAAUAGAAGGAUAUGGAGAAUACAUUCAGUCUGCUUUCUUAAGUAUCUUUGUUCAUCAGUGGCAAUUAUACCAACCUUAAGUGAUACAUACUUAUUACAUGUAUUUAUAAUUUUUAAUUUUUACUUGAGUUUUAAAAGUUUUCAUGUUAUUUCACAUUUGUUACUCUUCAUACCGAUGAUGUGCAAGAAACAAUGUGUCGUGGCUCCUCUGUUUCAUUUAUGUAGACGUCUGUUGCACUUCACAAGUGAUACAUCUCUUAGUGAAUGGAGAAGAGUGGGGACUUUCUAGAUAGGAGCUAUAGUUUUUAACCUUUAUGUUUUAGGAAUAUUUUUAAAUUUUACAACUUCCAUAUCUAGGUUUCCAUUCUGAUAGGCAAGUGAAAUUGUAGGUGAUUUAUAAUUUACUCAUACCAGUCAUGACUUCUUGAAUUUUAGAAGCUAUAAAACGCCAGUUUGCAAUAAAUUUUGUUACCUUUCUAGAAAUAUUUUCUGAAUACUCAUGCAUUUUUAGAAGUCAUCUGUCCC